AUGGGCGACUUGACUUUCUUCAGGUUUGUUUUGCCCACCUGGGUCCGCUCCACUGCAUGGCAAGAGAUUUCUCCGAUUCUGAUGGAAUUUGUGUCUGCUCUACCAGCAAUUCCACAUCCGAGUGACGCCGGUGAGCUGUAUGGAGGUGUCCUUCCCGGAAAGGGUGAUCUGGGCGCAAGCAAUCGUCCAACACUUGUCUUGGCUGGCUUCUUUGGAGGAUUCAAAAGGGCUGCCAGUAUGUUGCGAGACAUUAUUUUCUUAGAUCAACAACCCUCAUUCACACUCCUUGGUGAUCACGAACGAAAGUGCUAUGGCGUCUGCUUUGCUCUCCCUAUGCAACACCUCUGCGCCGCUGUCACCUGUAUCAGUGGGGCCAAUCUUCACAUGCACUGA